AUGAAAGAUUUUGUGAGGUUACAGUCCUCUUUCCUUUUGUGCACGAUUUUGACUCUUUCUGAGCAAGAGUCAGUGUCAGUAGGAUGUACUUCCUUUAUGUUCUGGGUUGUGGCUGAAACAACUUUACUUGGUCAAGAUCAUAUUUUGCAUUCUGAUGAAGCAUCUCUGGGAACUGACUGUCCUGUAACCAAUGUAACUGCGAAGGGAUAUGAGUUUAAUUACCCUGCCACUGAGUGUGGGAUUCAGAAAGAGGUUUUCUCAUAUGUAACAGUUUUUUAUUCAGCACUCCACUGUAAUAUAAUGCACAAAGGAGUCACUGGCAAAAUUCCUUUGAUGUGUAUUGUAUACGGCUCAUCUUUGGAUACCACUUCAAGCACUAUCCAUAACAAUCUUACAGAAUUCCAAAAUGACCCUCCCUCUACCAAUUCUCAUUCUCCCUGGAACUUAACCAACGCUAGCUUAUUUGGAUUGACUCGGAUUCCAUAUUUUCGAAACUCCUCGGUAGAGGCAUCUCAUCAGUCACUUCUACUUAAUAUGUCUCAUCCAUUAGUCCAUGAGAGUGCAAAUGUAGCUAUAUUCUAGGUUCUUCCAUGGCAAUCCUGAAAACUCUGUUGCUACAGCUUACUUAAAAUUUAAUUUUUGAACCACUCACUACAGAUUUAUCACUUUUUGGUGCCACUUCCUUAGAGGACAUUGGGUUGGGAUAGUGCCCAGUGCUUCAUAUG